AUGGUCAGCUCCUGUUGUGGCUCCGUCUGCUCUGACCAGAGCUGUGGCCAGGAGACCUGCUGCCAACCCAGCUGCUGCCAGACCACCUGCUGCAGGACCACCUGCUGCCGGCCCAGCUGCUGUGUGUCCAGCUGCUGCAGGCCCCAGUGCUGCCAGUCUGUGUGUUGCCAGCCCAGCUGCUGUCGCCCUAGCUGCUGUGUGUCCAGCUGUUGUAGGCCCCAGUGUUGCCAGUCCGUGUGCUGCCAGCCCACCUGCUGCCGCCCCAGCUGCUGUGUGUCCAGCUGCUGCCGUCCCAGCUGCUGUGUGUCCAGCUGCUGCCGCCCCAGCUGCUGUGUGUCCAGCUGCUGCCGCCCCAGCUGCUGUGUGUCCAGCUGCUGCAGGCCCCAGUGCUGCCAGUCCCUGUGCUGCCAGCCCAGCUGCUGCCGCCCCUGCUGCUGCCUGCGUCCAGUCUGUGGCCGAGUCUCCUGCCACACCACCUGCUAUCGCCCAACCUGCGUCAUCUCCACCUGCCCCCGGCCCCUGUGCUGCGCCUCCUCUUGCUGCUGA